AGUUCACGUAAUAAUCAGAGGGUUUGACGGCUUCCUCGUGGCAAACGAUUGCCCAAAACUAUUUCCAGGUGUAAGACAACCCUUUAUUUAUGUGAGAAAUCAAGAGAAUGAUCAUGGUCUCGGUGAUGCAGCCCUUCAUGGACGUCGAAAGCUCAAGAAGCUACAUCGACGAGCUGUAUUCGCCGGACCCGCAAAAAUGUCUUGAAGCCAUAAUGUGAGUGAAAUUCAUAUAACCUCUAAAUUAUUCAUUGGAUUGUGCAGUUCGAGAUUUGAAAAAUAUGCUUAGAUGCCUCAAGAAUUCAGUGAUUGGGAGUAACCGCCAGAAGGGUUCUGUGAUAGCGCAGGGGGUAGUACCUCGACUAUUGCAAUUAUUAGGAGAUACAUCAGGCACAGUCGGAGAACGUGUUCGUCUAGAAUCUUCUGUUACUUUAGGCUCUCUAGCAAAAGGAACUGAUCAGCAUGUACUGGCACUUAUAGAUUUGGGUGUAGUACCUUUAAUACUUCAAGUAUUAUUAAGUACUCCUAUAUUAGAAGAACCCUGUCAAGGAAAAGGCAAAUUAUCAGAUUUGCUUAUAGAAGCAUGUUUGCGCUGCUUGCGCACAGUUUUUCAACAUGCAGCAGCACCAGUACAUACCAUUUACCAAAAUCCUGCACUGGUACCUCGUUUACUGACUCUGGCUAGUAGAUCUGUCACCUGCCAAGUCUGUGUAGCAACUAUUUUAACCGCGGCAUGUAAGACUGCUGAGGAACAAAAUGCAUUGUCGAAGGGAGGUGCUGUGGUUGCUUUAGCAGCUCAGCUAGAUUCUCCUUUGGCUGAUGUACAAUUACCUGCUUUAGCAUGUCUCGCCAAUAUGUGCUAUCAGAAUCACUCAGUAUCGGCGAUGGUCGCUGCUGCUAGUACCAGCAAUGUACAGGGCAAAGUCGUACCUGCAGCACUAGGUCAACUCAUGGGACGGGAGCGAAGCUCGUUAGUACAACUGGAAGCUGCACGUUGUGUAGCAUAUAUGUAUAGAGCUGGAGCACUGUCCUCGACGGAUCCCCGCGUCGUUUACAGAGCUUUACCAUGUCUGGUAAGAUUGUGCCAUCGGGAAAGACCACCGCGAGAAAGAGUAGCAGCCGCAGAGACUUUGGCUUAUCUUACGGAAGUUGACACAGAACUUCAGCGAUUGGCAUCUAUUAGUAAUCAUCUCAUACCCACUCUGGCAGAAUUACUAAGGCCCCAGCCGCUGGUACAGGACGCGACGUUGUCUCAAGAUAUGCGGCAAGCAGCAUUUCGUGCAUUCGCUUCACUGGGUGCUAAUGAUGAGGACAUUCGAAAGAGGAUCAUCGAAACGGAGAGUCUUAUGGAACAGGUGGUUUCUGGUCUACAAGAUCCUGGUGGUCCACGAGUUCGUUUGGCUGCUGUGCGAUGUCUGCAUUCUCUCUCCAGGAGUGUCCAGCAACUACGAACUACUUUCCAGGAUCACGCUGUGUGGAGGCCCCUAAUGCAGCUUCUUCAUGGUGCCGACAAGGGAUUGGAGGGUAGGGGUGAAGGCGAGGAGGAUUUGUUGACAGUGGCAUCGAGUACCUUAUGCAAUCUACUCCUGGAAUUCAGUCCAAGCAAGGAGCCCAUCCUAGAAUCUGGUGGAGUGGAAUUACUGUGUUCUCUCACCAAACGCCCUGAUCCAGCUCUUCGUCUGAAUGGCAUUUGGGCUUUGAUGAACGUAGCCUUCCAGGCGGAACAGCGCGUCAAAUCACAGAUCCUCUCGUGUCUUGGUACCGAUCAGAUUUUCCGCCUUCUGGCUGAUCCUGAGCUCGCUGUCCUUAUGAAGACUCUGGGUCUCCUACGCAAUCUUCUUUCGACCAAAGCGCACAUCGAUCGUAUAAUGGGCGAGCAUGCCGCUCACGUAAUGCAGGCCGUCAUACUCGUUCUCGAGGAUCCGGAACAUCCGGCGGAUGUCAAAGAGCAGGCUCUCUGUAUCCUAGCCAAUGUGGCCGACGGGGAUCGCGCCCGUGAUCACAUAAUGGCUAAUGAGGAUGUACUCAAAAAACUCAUGGAUUAUAUGAUGCACAGCAACGUUAAACUCCAAGUGGCUGCUAUAUUUUGCGUGUGCAACCUAGUCUGGAAGGAGGAACCUGGUGCUGCGCAACGUCAGGCACGACUGCGCGAGUUAGGUCUCUACCGUAUUUUGCAACAAUUACGUCACACGAAUGAUUCACAGUUGUUCGAUAAGGUAAAGACUGCAAUGGCGCAGUUCUUCGACGCUUGAGCCCGAUAAUAAUUGGUUACCCAUCGUCGCUAGAUUUUUUACAAUUUUUAGUUUUUACCUUUUUAAAUUUCAACUUAACACUGUGAUCGUUUACCCUUUCCCAAGGAACUCUAUCGACUUACACGUGAGAUGGCCUUCACGAUUUGCCAAGAAUACCGUAAUUCUCGCGACCUGAACAUAAUGAGAUUCUAGUAUCGUACGCGACAUAUUUAUUAAAGUAAUAGUUAAACAUCCGAAUUGUCAAAUUCAUACUGACUGUCAAUCAAGUCAGCAAUCGUACGGUUUCCCUAUACCUCUACAUUUGCUUUAUAUCCAUUACGCAAGAAUCCCUAAAUGUUCCAAGAGCCUUUUAAAAAGAAAAGAAUUAACAAUGUUUUAUGAGACGGAUAAUUAAAAGAAUUACUAGAAAGUCAACCUAACGAUGUUAAGGAUUGUUAAAGGUAGCAAAUACAUGCAGACAACAUA